GUGUGGAUCUGGGAGAGAUCAUGUUCUCCCUCUGCUACUUGCCCACAGCAGGCAGGCUCACCCUCACCGUGAUCAAAUGUCGGAACCUCAAGGCGAUGGACAUCACAGGCUAUUCAGAUCCGUACGUCAAAGUAUCCCUGCUUUGUGACGGGCGGAGGCUGAAGAAGAAGAAAACAACCAUAAAGAAGAACACUCUCAAUCCCGUCUACAACGAGGCCAUCAUCUUUGACAUUCCCCCGGAGAACAUGGAUCAAGUCAGCCUGCUCAUCUCAGUUAUGGAUUAUGAUCGCGUGGGCCACAAUGAGAUCAUAGGAGUCUGUCGUGUGGGGAUCACUGCUGAAGGCCUGGGCAGGGACCACUGGAAUGAGAUGCUGGCGUACCCACGGAAGCCCAUCGCACACUGGCACUCCUUGGUGGAGGUAAAGAAAUCCUUCAAAGAGGUGGGUGAGGUGGUGCUCAGCCUCUGGCAUGUUUGCUGCAUGGCUGCGUUGGCUGGAGAAUGGCAAUCAGCUUCAGUGAGACCCUCAGUCUUUCAUGGGGAGGGGACAUGGGGGCCAUAUGCUUCCCACCCAAUGUGUAACCUCCAGGAAGAAGACGGAGGAAGAAGGUGGGAAGCUGCCUGGCAAAGAGCCCCUGGUGUUGGGCAUUAUUGAAAGCAAACUGAGUUCUUAAUGGAAAGUAAGAACUUUGAGGAAGCCUUCUCAGCAGCUGUACUGUGCCAGGCCCGGAAUGCUUUCACAAAACCCCUGGGCUAAGUUCCUCCUGUAAGAGAAAGCUCCAAGGGUGUGAGAUCAGAACUUGGCAAGAAAUUCUAUCCCUGUCUAGCAGUAAGUUCUCUGAGGUUCGGAUCAGUCAGUCAGCUUAGAUGGUGAUCACUGUUGGGGGGAAGAUAGCAUGGCCUCAAGGUGCCAGAUCUUAUACAGACAUAAUGGAAAGAGCACUGACUUGGGAGUCCUGAGACUUGGGCUGUGAUCCCGGCCCCACCUGACUUGCUGUAUAACCUUGAGCCAGUCACUUCCCUCUCAACUGCAAAAAAAAAAAAAACCCUUCAAAUGACAUUUACAGUCUGCCCUACCCUCUGUCAAACCCUACCAAUUUCCAGGUCCUGUGAUUUCUCACCUGAGUGGUCCCCAGGCCUGCUUUUUCUCAAAUGGUCAGAAUGGGAGUGAGUGGCCAGGCAAGCCUUAGACCCCAUUUUCCUCAGUCUCAUCCUUCCCAGUCUACA